CUACCUAAUGUCAGGUGGGGGAAGGUUACCGGUAGAUUGAAGGUUAUCGCUCAAUACCGUAUCUAUAUGUCAAAAUUUGAUUGCAUAAGUAUUAGUACUAGCCGUCUUAUCACGGAGUGGAAAUAUCCGUACAGAAACUCGAGCAGAUCACGUUGGAUAACCUAAGAAAUUCGACAGUAACUAGAAUGAAUUUUCAUAAUGUCACUCAUUGUAUCUUCGAUAUGGACGGUUUAUUACUCGAUACAGAAACUCAGUAUACAAUGGCAUAUAGUCGCGUCACUCAGGAAUAUGGGAAAACGUAUACCUGGGAGCACAAAGCAAAGAUUAUGGGUGUUAAGGCUGGCGAGGGUCUACAAAUUAUAAUAGAUUUAUUAGAGCUACCGAUUACGGCGCAAACGUUCGCGGAAAAGCUCGCUCCUAUAUACCAGGAACUAUUUCCUAACUGUAACCUUAUGCCAGGUGCGGAGAAGUUGUUGCGGCAUCUUAAAGAGAAUAACAUACCUAUCGCAUUAGCUACAAGUUCAAGUGAGAAGUAUACCAAUUUGAAAACGCAGAAAUGGAAACACUUGUUUGAUCUGUUUAAUCACAAAGUGUACGGUGGUUCUGAUCCAGAGGUUGUCAAAGGAAAGCCACAUCCAGAUAUAUUCUUGAUUGCUGCAAAACGUUUCCCUGAUAAUCCUGAUCCAUCAAAGUGUCUAGUCUUUGAAGAUUCGCCGAAUGGAGUGGAAGCUGGUAUUGCUGCUAAUAUGCAAGUGGUAAUGGUGCCAGAUCCUUUGCUUCCUAAACACUACAUAAAAAAUGCUACAUUGGUAGUGAAAAGUUUGGAAGACUUUAAGCCAGAGGACUUUGGAUUACCACCAUAUGUAGCAUAAAAAUGUUUUAGCUUAUGAAAGGGAAUAUUAGACAUAGAUUCUUCAUAUAAGUGAAGUAAAUAAUUGGUGGCAAAAAAACGAAAAGCCUGUAGGCUUUAUUUACUUUUUUUUUUUAAGUAAUGAUAAAGUCCAGUUAAUGUAUAUAGAUUUUAUUUGAAAAAAGAAAAGGCGAAUGCAAGUACUAUAUGUUUUGGAGAUGUAUAUUUUCAUACAACAUAGAAGUUUACUGCCUGAAUUCGAAAACUCGCUAAAGUAGGGAGCACAUAUCACACAAAAGAUCUCUGUGCCAUAUAUUUAUUAGUAAUGUCAAGUUCCCAUUAUAGGUAUAUUAAUGUUUGUCACAACUAUGUUGAGUGUUUUGAUGUCAGAAUUUUUCCUUAUAUUUUUUUUGUUAACUUUAAGUUGAUUUAAAAUUGAACUUGUUGUAGAUAUUCUACCAAAUGUCACAUUGUUUAAUACAUAAAAAAUAUUUUUUUAAUGUUUUUUGCAAGAAAACUAACUCUUUAUACAAUUUUUCUUGAUGAGUUUUUAUAUUCUUACGAGUUCAUAGUCCAUGUAUUUUCAACAACAUUACAUGUGUACAUGAUAAAAUAAUAUUAAUUGGAUAAGAUCUGAUGGAUGGAUUCCUGACGACGUAAUCUUUCAUUCGAUUGAUACAUCUAUUUUAUUAAAACACUAUACAUAUUAUGAUACACAUAUUCAUUAACAUAAUAAAGUACAUUUAUUUUUGA